AUGCUGUUCAUUGACUACAGCUCAGCGUUCAACAACAUAGUGCCCACGAAGCUCAUCACUAAGCUAAGGACUCUGAGACUUAGUCGCCUCCUGUACUCCCUGUUCACCCACGACUGCGUGAUCAAACACGACUCCAACACCAUCAUUAAGGUGCAGGUAGAAUUCUAUGUGAAUGAAAACACUUUCAAGGAGCGCCUCAAGCUGUUCUUCAUUAAAAACCAAAGAUCCAGUCUGAGGGUGAGGCUGUUCAACUUCUCUCUGAAAGUAUUGAGCUGUCUCCUCUACAUGGUCAGAGUCCUACUGGACGACCCACAGGAGGAGAGACAGGACUGUCUGGACUGUUCCAAACAGAAUGCAUCGGUCCACCCCAGCAGGACCCAGUUUGACUGGUCUCUUAUCAUCUGGGUGAAUAGGCCUCUGCCUCUGUGGGCUCUACAGGUGCUUGUAGCUUUCAUCAGCUUUUUCGAGACCAUGUUGCUUGUGUACCUCAGCUACAAGGGCAACGUUUGGGAGCAAGUGUUGCGUGUUCCCUUCAUCCUGGAGAUGAUCAGUGCUGUUCCCUUUGUGAUCACUGUGAUUUUGCCCUCCCUCAGAAAUCUGUUCAUCCCUGUGUUUCUCAACUGCUGGCUGGCCAAACAUGCCUUGGAGAACAUGAUAAAUGAUCUGCACCGGGCCAUCCAGCGUACUCACUCAGCUAUGUUCAACCAGGUCCUCAUCCUCAUCUGCACCCUGGUCUGCCUCAUGUUCACCUGUAUAUGUGGGAUCCAGCACCUAGAGCGAGCAGGAAACAACCUGACUCUGUUUGACUCGCUCUACUUCUGCGUGGUCACCUUCUCUACUGUGGGCUUCGGUGAUGUCACGCCCCAGAUAUGGCCUUCUCAGCUGCUAGUGGUCAUCAUGAUCUGUGUGGCGCUCAUCGUGCUUCCCAUACAGUUUGAGCAGCUGGCCUUCCUGUGGAUGGAGCGCCAGAAGUCUGGCGGGAACUACAGCCGAUACCGGGCCCAGACGGAGAAGCACGUGGUGCUGUGUGUCAGCUGCCUCAAGAUAGACCUCCUCAUGGACUUCCUCAACGAGUUCUUCGCUCACCCCAGACUGCAGGACUACUACGUGGUGAUCCUGUGCCCAGCAGAGAUGGAUGUACAGGUACGGAGGGUCCUCCACGUGCCCCUGUGGGCACAGAGGGUCAUCUACCUGCAGGGCUCCGCCCUCAAGGACCAAGACCUCAUGAGGGCCAAGAUGGACGAUGCUGAGGCCUGUUUUAUCCUCAGUAACCGAUUCGAGGUGGACCGCUUCGCUGCUGAUCACCAGACCAUUCUAAGAGCCUGGGCGGUGAAAGACUUUGCCCCAAACUGCCCCCUGUAUGUCCAGAUCCUCAAACCUGAGAACAAGUUCCACGUCAAGUUUGCAGAUCAUGUGGUGUGUGAAGAGGAGUUUAAGUAUGCCAUGCUGGCCCUGAACUGUGUGUGUCCUGCUACCUCCACCCUCAUCACCCUGUUGAUCCACUCCUCUAGAGGACAAACAGCACCCCCAGAGGCCUUCAGGCAACAUGCAGGAGCCUUCCAGCCCCUCAACAGGGAGGGCGGGGCAUGCUCAGCUGACCAGUGGCAGCGCACCUACCGCCGCUGCUCGGCCAAUGAGGUGCAUCACAUUUGUCUGGAGGAGAGCAAGUUCUUUGGGGAGUACCAGGGGAAGAGUUUCACCUUCGCCUCCUUCCACGCACACAAGAAGUAUGGUGUGUGUCUGAUUGGAGUGCGGAGGCUGGAAAAUGCCAACAUCCUGCUUAACCCAGGUCCCGGCCACAUCAUGGGCGGCUCAGACACCUGCUUCUACAUCAACAUUUCCAAGGAGGAGAACUCAGCUUUUGUCAGAGGCCACAGAGAGCCCACGCGGGGGGGCCCCAAGGGCAGUGACAGGGGGGUGGGGCCCCAGACCAUCUACCAUGGACUCACCAGACUGCCUGUCCACAGCAUCAUCGCCAGCAUGGGCACGGUGGCCAUUGACCUGCAGGACUCCAGUGACAGCAGCCCAGAGGGCCAGGGCCCGGGGGGAAUGACCCCGGACAGUGGGGGAGUUGGAGGUGGCAGGGCAAGCCGGACAGAGGGGGGGUUGGGGGGCGCUAACACCCUGGCCCUCCCAGCCACAACAGACUCUGCCGAGGAGAGACGCCACAGCAUCGCCCCUGUCCUGGAGCUGGUGGACGGGGUCAACUCAGCAACCUUCGACCCGCUGGGGGACCAAUCAGAGGACGAGGGCGGGGACGAGGGGAAGGAUGAGGGGGACGGAGACGAGAAUUGCCAGUGUUGGGGUGGACGCUGCGAGUGGGUGAAGGGGUACCCGCUGAACUCUCCGUACAUUGGCAGUUCCCCUGCCUUGUGUCACCUGCUGCAGGAAAAAAUGCCCUUCUGCUGCCUGCGCCUGGACAAGGCCUGCCACCACAUCCCGUUCGAGGACGCUCGGUCAUACGGCUUUAAGAACAAGCUGAUCAUCGUGUCGGCGGAGAGUGCAGGAAACGGCCUGUAUAACUUUAUCGCGCCCCUGAGGGCUUACUACCGCCCCAAGAAAGAGCUCAACCCCAUCGUGCUGCUACUGGAGAACAUACCCGAGCCAGACUUCCUGGAGGCUAUCUGCUGGUUCCCCAUGGUGUUCUACACAGUGGGCUCCAUUGACAAUGGUGUGUCUGAGGGUGGGCGGGGCUGGUCUGUGUUGCUACGGGAACCGUCCCAGUGGGUGGAGCUGGAGGGCGGUGACUACGUGUUUGACUUGAUCUCAGACCUGGAGUUGCCUUCUGACUUCUCCAAACAGAAGAACUACUUCAUCAUAUCAGCACAGGACUCCAGUAGGCUCAGGACCGACGCUAGCAUGUAG